AUGAAUAAUGAAGUGCAAAGUUUAGCAAUGUUUUUCAAUUCUUCCGAUAUAGACUGUUUUCACAUUGAAUACAUGAAAAAAGAAUUAAACUUAGCUGGCAAUGCAGUGACAAAUUAUGAUGGAAAGCCUAUAAGAGAG